GACGUAAGCCGUAAAGGACUGGUACACCCUCCGCCCCCUUGCGGCGAUUCCCUUUUGUGCGAGGGGUCGAAAUUGUUGCUUCCGGGGACCGGACAUCGGAGGCGAUAGCCGAGAGAGGGAAAGCGAGUUACUCGGUGACUAGCGAGGCACUGUGGUAAUAGGGACAGCGAAUGAGUGAGAGAACCACCAUGUAACCCUUCCCUGGGAUGUCUCUGGACCAAGGUCUCGCACUAGUUCCUCAUCUGCUACUGUUAUUUCCCAUUUUCCACAUCAGCAUCACUACAUGCCCCUUUCUGUCAACUACCGUGUAACCGUGUAUCAUCCCCUGCUGUUGUCACAUCAGUAUGAAGCUGGUAAAUCUAAAGCAGGCCAUUCUACAGGCCUGGAAGGAGCGAUGGAGUGACUACCAGUGGGCUAUCAACAUGAAGAAAUUCUUUCCCAAAGGAGUAACAUGGGAUAUAUUAAAUCUGGCAGAAGCACUCCUGGAUCAAGCCAUGAUUGGACCAGCUCCCAACCCACUCAUCCUGUCAUAUCUCAAAUAUGCCAUCAAUUCACAAAUGGUGUCUUAUUCAACAGUCCUAACAGCAAUCAGCAAGUUUGAUGAUUUCUCAAGAGAUCUCUGCAUUCAGGCCCUAUUGGAAAUUAUGGAUAUGUUUUGUGACAACCUCAGUUGUCACGGGAAGGCAGAGGAAUGCAUUGGACUUUGCCGGGCCCUUAUGAGUGCUCUGAACUGGCUUCUGCGCUGCUCUACAUUCUACACUGAUAAACUCAAAGAUAUGCUAGAUCCAGUGGCUGGGGAGAAUCACCUUUCUAUGUGUCUGCAGAGACUGGAGUCUAUGCUCAGCAGUACCAAGAAUCGGGCCCUUAUCCACAUUGCCAAGCUAGAGGAACCAGCUUCCUGGACAUCAGUGGAACAAUCUUUGCUCAGAUUAGCUGAGAGCAUUAGUCUCCUUCCUAGUGUUCAGCUCAGAAACCAGGCGGAGGAAUGUGUUUCUCUAAUAAGAAGCAUCCCAUCCAUGCUUUCAGUUCAUUCAGACCAACUUCAAAGGAAUGGAUUCCCCACUGUUCAUGCUGUUGUGAUGCUUGAAGGCACCAUGAAUCUAACGGGCGAUGCACAACCUCUAGUGGAACAGAUGAACACCGUAAAGAGGAUGCAGCGAAUCCCCUCGCACCUGUUUCUCUUGGAGGUCUGGAAGGCGUGCAUCGUGGGGUUAAUAGAAUCCCCAGAAGGGACAGAGGAGUUAAAAUGGACUGCUUUCACUUUUCUUAAGAUCCCACAGGCUUUGGCAAAAUUAAAGAAGCUUUCUCCAAUGGAGCAGGAUUUCAAUGAGGAUAUGAAGUGUGCGUUUGAAUACCUUCUGAAACUGACUCCCCUUUUAGACAAAGCUGACCAGAGAUGCAACUGUGACUGUGUGAGUCUGUUACUACAGGAAUGCAACAAACUGGGAUUGCUUUCAGAUCAAAACCUGGAGAACCUUGUGGCAAAACGGACAGCAGACAGGGAACAGGCUCCACGUAUGAAAUCAGCUGAAAACUCUACAAUCCAGCCCAACCCAGGGUUGAUACUCCGAGCAGAACCCACAGUCACAAACAUUCUUAAGACAAUGGAUGCUGACCAUUCAAAGUCUCCAGAGGGUCUUCUGGGAGUCUUGGGUCAUAUGCUGUCUGGCAAGAGCCUGGACUUGCUAUUGGCCGCAGCGGCAGCCACUGGGAAACUGAAGUCUUUUGCCCGCAAAUUCAUACAACUCAAUGAAUUCACGAGACAUAUUGGAGUAGAGAGCUCAAAGGCGGCCAAUGUCCGAGCCCUGCUUUUUGAUAUCUCCUUCCUGAUGCUUUGUCAUGUGGCACAGACCUAUGGCUCAGAGAUGAUCCUAUCUGAGGGAUGUCCAAGUGGUGAGAUGCCUUUCUUUGAAAGCUGGAUGCAAACGUGUAUGCCAGGGGAAGGGAGGGUGCUAAAUCCAGACCACCCAUGCUUUAGACAUCCAGAUAUUGCAAAGGUGGAAGCCCUGGUGGCUCUGCUCAACACAUCCACGGAAAUGAAGCUGGCGCAGACAAAGUGGCAUGAAGUGUGCCUGAGUAUCCCUGCGGCCAUAUUGGAAAUUCAUAAUGCCUGGGAGAAUGGCGUCUUGUCCUUUGAAGCCAUUCAGAAAAUCACAGACAACAUCAAAGGGAAGGUGUGCAGCCUGGCUGUAUGUGCAGUUGCCUGGUUGGUGGCUCAUGUCAGAAUGCUGGGACUAGACGAGCGAGACAAGUCUCUGCAGAUGAUCCGCCAGUUAGGAUCACCCAUGUUUGGGGACAAUACUUUGCAGUUCUACAACGAGCGAGUCAUUAUCAUGAGCUCUAUCCUGGACAAUAUGUGCGCUGAGGUUCUGCAGCAGACUGCCACUCAGAUUAAAUUCUCGGCUCCAGGAAGUGAGCCGGUGCCUUACAUACAUCGCUUGCCCCCUAAGAAGCCCAUAAAGGAAGUUCUGAGGGGGGCAUUUAGCUCCACCUUAGAAAAGGGAUGGGUUGAUAGCCGCACCCUACAUGUAUUUGAUACAUUGCUUCAUAUGGGGGGUGUCUACUGGUUCUGCAACAAUCUUGUAAAGGAGCUGUUGAGGGAAACACGGUUGGAGUUUGCUUUAAGGGCGGUUGAGCUGCUCUAUGCCAUCUUCUGUUUGGACAUGCAGCAGCUGACGCUCACCCUUCUAGGGCAUGUACUGCCAUCCCUGCUUACAGAUUCUGCCAAAUGGCACAUGCUGAUGGACCCUCCGGGCAGAGCACUGGCAAAGUUAUCGGUGUGGUGUGCAAUGACCUCCUAUUCCACCCAAAACAAGGGCCAGCCAUCUCCCCGGCAGAGGAAACGGCAUAGAGAAGAUAUCGAGGAUUACAGCAGCCUAUUUCCUUUAGAUGACACCCAGCAAUCAAAACUUAUGCGUCUUCUGAGCUCCAAUGAGGAGGAACACAGUGUGCAGGCUAACCCAGUAGAUCGUCCAAUGAACAGCUCCCUCUCUGCCUCCCAAAUCCACAACAUCAGCUCCAAAGAACCACUGAACCGAGUGCUAGCAAAUCUUUUCCUGUUGAUCUCGUCAGUCCUGGGAGCCAAGACGGCAGGUGCCCAGACGCAGUUUGUACAGUGGUUUAUGGAGGAGUGUGUAGAGAGCUUGGAGCUGGGUGGAAAAGGCUGCAUCCUGCAGUUCAUGCCUUUCAGCAUGGUCUCUGAGUUGGUGAAAGUCUCCACCUUAUCCAGCCCCAAAAUUGUGUUGGCCAUUACAGACCUGACCUUGCCCUUAGGGCGCAGAGUGGCUGCGAAAGCUUUAACUGCUCUGUGACGUCAUUUUACCAUUGCUUGUCUGUCACCCUAAUACCAUCCUCCUAUGGUCCUUCACCUGUGCCAGCGAUGCCAGCCUGGUCCAUUACUGAAUAACUGACUACAGCUAAAGACCGCACUUUGCCCAUUACAGGAACUUCAUAAAUGCUCACCUUUUUUUAUUGCUUACAAUAUUGACUUUUCUACGUUAUUUAAAAACAAAACAUGUGAAUGUGAGGGAAUAAAACAUUCCGUUUUGGUUUGUAAAA